UCAUCAUCAUCGUCAUCAGAAACACAGGAUUCUGAAUCUACCGUAUUGAAUAUCCGUGACGUAACAGUUCACUGCCUCAAAACCUUCAAAUUCCUCAAGAACCUGUGACAAAAAGAUGGCUGAAGAAGAAACAAAGAAAAGUGUUGUUUUCGCAGUUGGGAAUAACAAAAUUAUUUUCUCCGAUCCAUCGGUUCCCAUUUCUGCCGAAGAACUUGGGUCGUUAGACAAAGAUGAAGACCAUCACGACGAGGAUGAAAUUGAUCCUAAACCAUCUUCACCUAAAGACACCGGUAGAUCAUCUUCACCCGAAAGUUCAUGCUCACCAUCUUACAAACCGAGAGAUAUGGAUCCUGAUUCUGUUUCCGACCCAAAUCCCCAUCAAUGGCAUGGGUUUUUAAGAAAAAUCAAAAGGGGGUCCACUUCAACCUUACACGGAUUCCAUCCCACCCUCCAUUCCAUCAAAAGGCUGACUAGGCGAAGAAGCAGGAAAAUAGCCGAAACCAUACCCGCACUACCUCACGAUUUAGACGCCGAAUUGCAUUGUUUUGAAGCAUCAUGGACAAAUUUCUCACUUGCAGAACUCAAACAUGCAACCAACAACUUUAGCCGUGAAAACUUAAUCGGAGAAGGAGGGUAUUCCGAAGUUUACAAGGGUCAUUUACCGGAUGGGCAAUUUAUCGCGGUUAAACGAUUAAUCAGGGGUACACCCGAAGAAAUGACUUCAGAUUUUUUAUCGGAACUGGGAAUUCUCGUUCACGUCAAACAUCCGAAUAUUUCUCAUGUUAUUGGCUACGGAGUUGAAGGUGGCAUGCAUCUUGUGCUUCCUUUGUCUCAACAUGGGAGCCUAGCGUCCCUUCUUAGUGGUCAGAAAGGAAAGUUAGAAUGGGGAACGCGAUAUAAUAUUGCCAUAGGCACUGCUUCAGGUCUUUCUUAUCUUCAUGAAGCUUGUCAAAGGAGAAUUAUUCAUAGGGAUAUCAAGGCGGCUAAUAUUUUGCUUUCAGAAGAUUUUGAACCCAAGAUUUCCGAUUUUGGGUUGGCAAAAUGGCUUCCAGAUCAAUGGUUGAACCUCACUGUAUCUCAAUUUGAAGGGACAUUCGGGUAUAUAUUUGAACAAUAUUAAGCUUAUAAAUCUAUAAAGAGUAAAAUGCCAUUUUCGUCCCUGAGUUUUGAGACUUUCGUC